CGCGUUUUCAAAUCUUCAACCGCCGCAGCCCACUCGUUUGUGCUUUACCUCUUCCUCCUCCGCGCCUUGGAGUCGAAUCCGGCGCCGGAAACCCGGAGGGUAGACGCGGCAUCUCUUGCGUGGGUGUGGUAGUCUGCGGAAGGGGAAGAGGUGACCGUCUGAUAAAUCGGUCUCGUCGAGCUGUGUUUUCGUGGCCGCCCGGCGCGACACCCUCCCGAACCCAGCAUGUAGGUGCCGGGCGGCUGCCAUGAACUCCGGAGCCAUGAGGAUCCACAGCAAAGGACAUUUCCAGGGUGGAAUCCAAGUCAAAAAUGAAAAAAACAGAUCUUUAAAAUCUAUGAAAACUGAUAACAAACCAGAAAAAUCCAAAUAUAAGCCGCUCUGGGGAAAAAUAUUUUACAUUGACUUACCUUCUGUCACCAUAUCUGAAAAACUGCAAAAAGACAUUCAGGAUCUGGGAGGGCGAGUUGAAGAAUUUCUCAGCAAAGAUAUCAGUUACCUUAUUUCAAAUAAAAAGGAAGCUAAAUUUGCACAAACGUUGGGAAGAGUUUCUCCUGUACCAAGUCCAGAAUCUGCAUAUACUGCAGAAACCACUUCACCUCAUCCCAGCCAUGAUGGAAGUUCAUUUAAAUCUCCAGAUUCAGUGUGUUUGAGCAGAGGAAAAUUAUUAGUUGAAAAAGCUAUCAAGGACCAUGAUUUUAUUUCUUCAAAUAGUAUAUUAUCAAAUGCCUUAUCAUGGGGAGUAAAAAUUCUUCAUAUUGAUGACAUUAGAUACUACAUUGAACAGAAGAAAAAAGAACUAUAUUUACUCAAGAAAUCAAGCACUUCUGUGAGAGAUGUGGGGAAAAGAGUAGGUACUGGCACACAGAAAGCAAGAACAGGUAGACUCAAAAAACCUUUUGUAAAGGUGGAAGAUAUGAGCCAACUUUAUAGACCAUUUUAUCUUCAGCUGACCAAUAUGCCUUUUAUAAAUUAUUCUAUUCAGAAGCCCUCCAGUCCAUUUGAUGUAGAUAAGCCAUCUAGCAUCCAAAAGCAAACUCAGGUUAAACUAAGAAUCCAAACGGAUGGCAAUAAAUGUGGUGGCAUCCCAGUUCAACUCCAAUUGAAAGAGAAGAAGAAAAAAGGAUAUUGUGAAUGUUGCUUGCAGAAAUAUGAAGAUCUUGAAACUCAUCUUCUAAGUGAGCAACACAGAAAUUUUGCACAGAGUAAUCACUAUCAAGUUGUUGAUGAUAUUGUAUCUAAGUUAAUUUUUGAUUUUGUGGAAUAUGAAAGGGACAUGCCUAAAAAGAAAAGAAUAAAAUACAGUAUUGGAUCACUUUCUCCUAUUACUGCAAGUGUCCUGAAAAAGUCUGAACCAAAAGAAAAGCUAGAAUUGCAGCAUAUUCCUCAGAAAGAUUUCAAGGAAAAUAAUGUACAGGUAAUUGAGCAGCAUUUCCUCUAUAAAGAAAUCCAGGAACCUGAACAGAAGUUUCUGUUUAUUUCAGAAUGCAUCCCCUACCCUUCAAGUGAAUUGAGAGGACUCGAGAAAGUAACUAGCAAAUGUUCCAUGUUAAAUACAGCUGAAAAUGACAUAAAACAAAAUUUUACACAUCUACCUCUGCAUAAAACUAAACAGGAAUGCAUCCUUGACGUUUCUGAACAUAAAUUAAUGACAAAUGAAAGUGACUUAGAAGAACUAAGGGUAGAUCAUUGUCCGUGUAGGCUACAGACAUCUGUACAAGUUUCUAACGUCAGUAUGGAUAAUACUGCAUCUCACCCAAAACCAAAGUCAGAUAUUAUGCUUUUUCCAGCAAAGGAUCUGAAGAAAAAGGACCUUCAUUCAAUUUUUGGUCAUGAUUCUGGUUUGUUAGCAAUAAACAGUUCACAGGAGCACGUAACAAUUCAGACAAAGACUCCAUCCCGAAGUACCCCCGAGGAACCCAGUGAAUGCGACUUGAACAAUAUGGAUGGUUUACCUUCUGGUACGAUCCAUCGGAAAGUGAAAAUAUUAUUAGGAAGAAAUAAAAAAGAAAAUCUGGAACCAAAUGUGGAAUUAGAUAAGAAAAGAACUGAAUUUCUUAUUACACAAGAAGGAAACAGGAUUUGUGGUUCCCCAGUACAAUCUUUACUAGACUUGUUUCAGACUAGUGAAGAGAAGUCAGAAUUUUUGGGUUUCACAAGCUAUACUGAAAACAGUGGUAUAUGUGAUGUUUUAGAUAUUUGGGAAGAAGAAAAUUCAAAUAAUUUGUUGUCAGUGUUUUUCUCUUCCCCUUCAACUUCUACAUUUACUGGCUUUUAGACUUAAAAAUGAAUACCUUUCAGAAGUGAUGAAGAUCAUAUUCUUGAAAUUUUUAUAAAUAUGUAUGGAAAUACUUUCUUUUUUGCCAACUUUGUUUACAGAACCAAGUGUAAAUAUUAAUAAAGGUGAUGUUUGCAUUUUUCUACAGAAUUGGAUACUUAUUAUAGAAAAAUC